CGGGUAGAGACGUCGGAGCCGCUGGCUCAGCUCCUGCUCCUCUGGGGGAGGCGGCGGCGGCGGCGGCGGCAGCACCGAGUCUCCCCCAGGUGAGCUCGCUGCACCCGCGUCCGCCAUCUUGGAUACACUAUUGUGUCAGAAGGAGGGGAGCGGGACCUGUUUCCCUGGCUGUCCAAUGGGACGCGGGCUCGGCCACAAUGGAGCCGAAGGGCGCGAUGGGAAAUCGAGUCCGAGCGCCACCUCUGGACUGGGUCAACCCAGGGGGUGAGUGACUACAAGUUCCGAGGAACACUGCACAGGAGGGCCCGCCCACUCCUGGCACCGCAGAGCCCGCCGGGAUAAUGAGUAUAGUAAGGACUCCGCGGGACAGUCCAGGAGAUUUCUCACCUUUCAGAACUAUUAAGCCGGGCGGGGCGGGGGGGGGGGGAGCCCCAUACAGUAAACAUGCCCGGAAUUGGGCAACACGGCUGCAGUCUUGUGCAUGCUUAACGUAAGCGCCAGUGAGUAAAGCGAGAUUCACUUCUGAAUAAAAAUGCAUAGGAUCAUCCAGGCCAGCUAUAAACUAGUUGUAGAAAAGGGAGAUGGACGGACAACUAGAUUGGUACUUCUACCCGGUGACGGCAAUUACACAAAUACGCAAAUACCGUGUCACGCAUGCAUCUCGUUAAGAAAAGUGACACCAGCCUCAACACUGUCCCAAAGCACAGCUCACUUUUUAUAUAAGGGACUAGUUUCAGACACACAGGAUCGAGCCCUUCACGCGCUGGAAAGCGGCAUUUAGAGAAGCAAAAAUAAAAUAAACGGUGUGCGUGUGUUGGCGUGGGCGCGCGAGCUAAAUAGGACGCGUCACGACUAGCUCUUUCAUUUAACCUGAACGGCUCACGAGUCACGGCACGGCUAGCAAACUUGCCCUUAUGCCUUCCCCCAGGACGAAUGCAUUCUAUCAGCAUCCUGGAGCCCAACGUCACUACCACCACGCGUCGGACUAAGCCAGCCACCCGCGUUAUAUAGCCGGGCACAGGUUUGAAAUCCUCUGGGAAAGCAGCUUUCGGGUCGUGCGUUAUCCUCUCAAGCGCCUCUGGAGGGCGCUGCGGCCUCAGUCUAGACAGCAGGUGGCGGUGGUUGCCAUGGCGACCGAGUGUAAACAUCCUCUGCAGGCGCCGUUCCUCUACCCUCCUCGCAGCCAUGAAGAGUAGCCCCUCGACCUUUUUGCCGUGAGUCCGUCAGGAAGGAGACGGGUUGGAGGGGUAAAGGCUGGGAAAGGCCAUUCUGGAAAUAUAUCCUUAAUCCCAGAGAGGUGGGGAUCACCUCCGCUUGCUCCAAGAAAAGGCACUUCGCACAUGAGGCGAGGCAUGUUCUUUCUGCCGGUUUCUUAGCAACAUACUGUACGUACUUGGAAGCUGCUUUCAAGCAGGUCAGCCUGUUCGUCUACCAAACCAGCCUUCCCCAACCUGGUGCUCUCCGGAUGGUUUGGACUACAGCGUGUGCUGGCAGGGGCUGCUGGGAGUUGUAGACCAAAACAUAUGGAGGACACUAGUAUCUUGAAGGUUGUACUGGCCCAGUGCUUUCUGCUCUGACUGGCACUGGCUCUCCAGGGUCUAAGACAAAGUUCUCCCUGGUGAGGAUGAAGGAGAAAUCUGAUUCAGUUUGCAUUUAAAGGCAAAGCUACCUACCGGUAAUUCACACUUUCCAAAACAAUAUGUAAACCAGCACCUCAUAGGGUAAGUGCAGAGACUUUUCACCAGGUACAGUUCAGCCCUGAUCAUUUUAAUCAACAUUAGAUGUAAACCAUGGGUAGGCAAACUAAGGCGCGGGGGCUGGAUCUGGCCCAAUUGCUUUCUAAAUCCGGCCCGCAGAUGGUCUGGGAAUCAGCGUGUUUUUACAUGAGUAGAAUGUGUCCUUUAAUUUCAAAUGCAUCUUUGGGUUAUUUGUGGGGCAUAGAAAUUCGUUCUCCCCCCCCCCCCAAAAAAAUAGUCCGGUCCCCCACAAGGUCUGAGGGACAGUGGACCGGCCCCCUGCUGAAAAAGUUUGCUGACCCCUGAACGAUAUUACUCAUAUGCUGUACAGUAUGGAGAUUAUUAUAUGUUUUUCGGUAUGGAGGCAAACCUUCUAGUUUACAAUAUACUUCCCAAGACAUUUGGCAAAGGAUGAGAUAUUGCCCCUCCAUUUGAAGUCAGGUGGACUGGUAGUUGUGUAUUACUUCAACACUAGUGAUAGGACAACAUCCUCCAUCGCACAUGAGUGUAGGAGACUAACAGCUCAGUACUCUUAAGACCUUACCACCACACCCUGCUCCCCAAUAUUUGCUGCCUGAGUCAAGUACCUCAAUCUAAUUAAUGGUAGGACUAGCUCUGGUGACCUUUAGUGUCUGAGUGUUUUAGGCAGUUGGGCAAAUUUAUAUGUACGGACAAAGUUUCCUGCUUUUGACUGUUGUCAUUCUUGGAAUACGGUGGCAAAGACACUUUUGCUGAUUAAAUAACUAGACUUUGGUAGGAUUCAGCAGCAUCUUGUAGUCAUACAAUAACUUUUUUUCUCUUUUUAUUUCAGGGUCAGUAGUCAGGACUCUGAUAAAAGGUAUUGCAAUAAAAUAGAAGAGUUAAUUACUUAAAUUAGCUUUGUGGUUGCAGUAAGAACUUUGGCUUUGACAGUUCUUACUACAGGUUUCCCACCUUUUUGGUCUUGAGGACUACAUUCACUGGUAGCUAGUAGGCUGCACACACAUGUACCAUAUCCGUUCUCUCAUGCACACUGACGCAGGCAGGCAGGCAGGGGCUUGGAGUAGGUAGGAGGCACCCCAUAACUGCUCACUACCUAGCUACAGUACUUCCUCCAUAGUUCCCAUCACCAGUUGAGCAGCAGGAAAGGAGGAGUCACACACUGGACAGAGAUAUCUGCCCAUCACCUCAUAACUUUUCACUGCCCAGCAGAUGUGCUGGCAAAUGUACUCUCUUCAGCCUGCGAAGCAACUGUUUCAGGGAGCUGUGGAAGACACGCAUGCAAAUGCUUCAAAUGUGGGGCAGAUGGGUUGGAUUGAAAUGGCCUUGUGGGCCAAAUGAGGAGGCUUGCAGGCCUGAUUACAGUGGAAGCUCGGGUUGCGAAUGUGAUCCAUGCGGGAGGCACAUUCGCAACCUGCAGCGUUCGCAACCCACAGCGCCACGUCUGCGCAUGCUUGGGUUGUGAUUUGACGCUUAUGCGCAAAGUGCGAUUUAGUGGUUCUGCGCAUGUGCGAGCGCCAAAACCUGGAAGUAACCUGUUCCAGUACUUCCGGGUUCGGCAUGGUGCGCAACCUGAAAACGUGCAACCCGAAGCAUCUGUAACCCGAGGUAUGACUGUAUAUGCUUUAAACGUGUGCUGCGUACACAGCCUUAUGGAGCAAUCCUAUAUUUGAGCUACACUGGCUGAUGGACCAUAGGAUUUGGUGAAAACCCAGCUACAUUGGUGGAUUCAAGAUAUGUCUGUGGCAUGAAAAAUACACAAUGGGAACAUUCCAGAUACAUCAGUGGAACACUAUCUCUCUUUGCUGGUAGAAUGGCUCUGCCAUAGAGUAUUUUACUGGCAUAUCUGUUCCACUAGCAUAUUUGCAUUGGAAUCAUUGAAUCUGAUGUUCCACCUGCAAAGCAGGGCUUCUGCCACAUCCUAUAGACCCUCAAAUAGCAUGCCCUUAAUAUCCUGGUUAGUAAACUAACUGACAUGAAAUCAAAAUUCCCAGUUUGGGAUACAAUAGGGAACUCUGCUUUAAACAUACCAGGAUCUGUGUGCCAAAGCUUUUGUGCAAUAGGAGGAAGAGAGGAGUACAUGAGCCCAGUGCCUGCUUGUGGCUUCAUUAAAAAAAUAAGUGAUGUUACACCUGAGCCUUGGGAUGCAGGAAUUUGACACUGAAAGAUAUACGACAUAGCAACUGAGGAGUUUGUUCCUAAUAGCUGGCUGAUUUGUGUUAACAGCCUUUCCUUUGAAAUGCAGUAAGGAGGCCCUGGAUUGAGAGAAAUGACAUUGCUCAUUCUCAUUUUGACGUGAGUUCCUCCAUAGAACUGCAAUUUCCCCUUCUUGUCAAUUAUCCAGGGUAUCAUUCCUGAAAUGCACUCAGAAUCUAAAUUGUCAAGAAAAAUUACCUGAUCUGAAGGAAUCAUUUCAGAAGAAAAGAAAAUCUCUGGUGAGUUUGAGCAGAUCAGGCAUGACAAUGCUCAUCCCUUGCUAAUUUGUAAGUUGCUUUGGGUCACUAAGUAACAAUUAAAUAUAACAACAACAGGGGCGGUGCCAGGCCUUCUGAUCUUAGCAGUCUGCUAACUACUUCAGCUAUCCUAGGGCUGCCACAUGGCUACAGCUCUAGGCAAGAAGGAUGCUCUGAUACCCUCCCUUUGUAAAGUAAGAAAAGCAAGAGUCUAUUUCACCCUGAGCAAGAGGGGCCCGAGAGCUAAGGAAAGGACUAACAGUACUAACAGUACUAUUCUGAUAAGGCUUCUUCCUAGGCAGUUACUUUUUUCUGGGGGUACACAGGGGUAAGCAUACCCCUAAACAUUUUGUGAAUCUAAGUUUGGCCACAUUGAGGGGCAGUAUUUCAAUAUGAUUAGGAAAAUGAGAGUACCCCUAAACAUUUUUUUAUAGAAAAAAGCACUGUUCCUAAGUAAGUGGAGUAAGGAAUAAGGAUUACAUCCUAAGUCUUGGACUUAUUCUCUUCCCUUGUUGGGUGACUGGUUUUUGUUAAAGGACCUGAACCAUUCCUGUGCUGAAUGCCUGAAGUACAGGUGUGAUCAUGUUUAUAAUAAGGGUCAUACGUUUCAGUUCAUAUUAGCUGAUGUCACUGGUUGGUGGCUGAAACCACUAAUAUGUUGGGAGGUCUGAAACACACACCAAUGGGUAGGAUCCUGCUUGAAGGUCUGAUUUGCCACUGCCCAUAAUCAUAAUCUAUCACUUUUCAGAGCCACUCUAGCAGUCAGUUGUCUUCAUGGCCUGCAUACGCACCAGGACACAUUAUCUUGCAGAAUCGAAAACCAUGUACUACCUCUGAAUGGCAAAGGUAUGUAGGAUAAAUGUUGUACAUUAAAUGUGAAGUUUUCUGGGCUUCUCUGCAUUGUAAACUGAUACUGUAUUUUUGCCAACUGUCAUGGUUUCCUGCAUAGAAUCUAGGAACUGUACUCUGGUAAAGGUACCAAAAUUUCUCAUUAGGGGAGAAGCAUAUCCAGAAUGGGUUUUCUCCUCCCACAUGCUCAAGAGCAGGGGUGGGUAAUCUCAGGCUCGUGGGCCAAAUGUGGCCCCAUAGGUCUCUUUAUAUGGCCCUUGGGUAGGGUUGCCAUAUGUCCAGGAAAUCCCAGACAUGUCCUCUUUUAGGGGACCAACAUGCCCAUCCAGGGGGAUUUUUACAUUUCAAAGGAGAUGUCUGGGUUUUGUUUUGUUUUUUGGAUUUGGGCAGCGUGGGCUUGGGCUCAUGCAUGGGUGGCACAGGCGCAGGCUGCUCUGCAUGCCGCAGCCACUUGCAGCCUAAGCCAGGGAAAGAGGUGUGUGGACAUGGCAGUGCGCCUGUUGAUAUUUUCACGCCCUCCCAUUGCAAGAAUCUCCUGAUCUGAUGUUUUGAGAAAGAAGGGGGCGGAAACUGCUCUUCUAUUCUUCCGCUCCUGACUGCCUGACUCUAUGUGUGGAGAGAGUCUUAUCUACGUAGUGACUAGAUGGCUGAGUGGGAGCUGUAACACUCAUGCAAGCCAGUAGUUCUUUAGUUUGUAGUAGCUAUUAGAAGUUAUGCUUCACAGCUAGCUUCCGCGUUAUUUAUACUCUGCUGAGUCUGGUGCUCACAGUGCACAGUUGUGAGUCCAGUGCACUGAGACUUGCUUUCUAGGAUUGGAAGGUCUCUGAACGUGCUCCAGUCGCCUAGCGCAGUCGGGGCAGAACCAGUUAUCGAGCCCAGUCGCUGACAUUGGUUGAAAGGCGUACCGACAGCGCCUGUGCCCACACACUUCUUUCCCCGGCCCUGGCUGUCCUCUUUUUUGCUCUUCAAGAUAUGGCAACCCUACCCUUGGGACUUUCCCCAGACACACUGCCACCUCAGCCAUGCCCCUUACAGAACCUGUUUCACAUACUCCUUGAAUGUUUUUGCGUGGUUGGAAUGCGUCUUUGAACUCUGAUAAUGUUUCUUGGGGGAUAGAGGUGAGUGUAUGACUGAGUUUAUUUAGAAACUAGCCUACUGCACACAGGUAAAAUUGGUAUUCGUUGCUCUGCCCACUUUUACCUCUCCCACUGCCCUAGGCUGGUACUGAAGGAAUGGGUUUCUGUGCAGUCAGUCUGAAACGGGACCCAAAAUCCAAAUUUUUCCUCCUCCAAGGGAGCAUUUCUAAAAUGCAUUAAUUCGAGCUCUUGAGUCUAUACAUUGACUCAACAGAAAGCCAGCUGUAUAAAUAAGUGCUCAAAGCCCUCUCCUUUAUCAGUCCGUGAUGGCAAUGGAUGACCUUGCCAGUUCUGUGGAGCAGGGAUGACACAUCUGGGUCUUAUCUUACAUCCUGACCACAAAAGACGCACAGACCUUGUCAAGUCUGACAAGAGACCCGGGAACUGUGCCAGGAGUGUUCUCAGAGUUGGUGACCUCCUGCCCCAAGAUAAGAGUAUAGGAACAGGAACAACCUUUUAUGGUCAAGAGUACCGGAACAGGAAUAUCUGUUUAUGGUCAUGGAUGUCAACUUACGUGUAUAAGCUGACGUGGUUGGAUUCCUGGGGAAGGGGGGAGAGGGUGCCUGGAGGAUAUAUAUACUGCAUGAAAUUUCUCAUUUCUUUGGACUUGCUGUGAGCUGACCACGCAAGUGCCUUCUGCUAUCUGGAGAGCAGAAUAAACUCUUUCUCUGAAUCAACCUCCGUGUCAUUUGACUUCCUUCCUCCUGUCCGGGAGCAACGCAGACCCCACCAAUCGGUAUAGUCUAAUAAGGCUACAGAACAUGGUGUAUGGAAGCUUGCUCAGAAGGGAAUGUGGCCUUUAGGCUGUACUACGUCUCUAGAGGUAGGGAUUAAAUAUGCAAAUUAAAUCAGCUCGGCCACUUUUGUGUCAUGGGACCUGAGGAGACACUGCUGGGGGGUUGGCUGUAUGAAGAUGCCAUAUGAAAACGUUUCUCUAUAACCAGGCCUUUAGCUGGUGUUAUAAGAAAAGCUGCUCCCUUUCCCUUAUGGUGUAUUCUGGAGCACGUAUAGCAUGGGUAGGCAAACUAAGGCCCUGGGGCCGGAUCCGGCUUAAUCGCCUUCUAAAUCCUGCCUGCGGCCGGUCCAGGAAUCAGUGUGUUUUUACAUGAGUAGAAUGCGUUCUUUUGUUUAAAAUGCAUCUCUGGGUUAUUUGUGGGGCAUAGGAAUUCAUUCAUUUCUCCCCCCCCCAAAAAAAUAUAGUCUGGUCCCCCACAAGGUCUGAGGGAAAGUGAACCAGCCUCCUGCUGAAAAAAUUUGCUGACCCCUGCCGUAUAGAGUCUUUAAGUGGGUUCCCUAUCAAUAGGAGAAAACAGAGGACAGCCAGAGUAUAUUGAGAAGCAAAGUGGCUAAUAAGCCUGAUCUUUAUUAAAGGAACUGUUGCAACAGGGUCCCCACUCACCACACAUAGGAGGGAGGAGAACCCUGAACAAUGGUGCACAAGCACUUAUAUAGACUUGAAAUUGCCCACCCUGUAGCCCAAGACCACCCCCCAAAACAUCAUACAUAAAUCACAGAAGGUGGUGGUCUACAGCAGAAAUCCUGCCUGCCAGGAUACUUGAUAAUGAUCACUUAUUGCAUUACCUGGGCAGUUUGGCCAUUCUUUUGUGAUGGUUAAUACUUUAGUUCCUGAAUCCAGGUCACAGGCUCACCCUAUUCAUACACAAAUACACUCUCAAGACAGGAUUUGCAAGCAAAAAGACAAUGGAAAGCCUUUCCCCAUUUGCCUCCCUUACUCCAGAGGAGCAGUCAAGGUCAUUGGGAGAGUCAAAAUGGCUUCAGAAUUGCUUUCCCAUCCUAUUUCAGACACAUGGGUCAUAUAUUUAGAUAUGUGUGCAUUUAUGAGUAUUUAUUCUAUAUGUGAGACCUUAAAAUUCUUAUAACACUGGUUACACAUUCUAUGGCCUUUUAAAUGCAUUUGUGGGGGGGGGGUUACUGGUUUGUUUUUGUUUUUUAUGUAUUUUGUGUUCUCAUUUUGUAUUUUUAUGUUGUGAACCACCCUGUGAUCUUUGGAUGAAGGACGGCAUACAAAUUUAAUAAAUACUAAUAAUGAUGAUAAUAAUAAUAAUAUAAAGGCAGGCGAUGAGUUUUCUGCAGACAAUCAUGGGGAGGGACUCAGCUGUCUAGGAUAGACCCUGCCAGGGUGUGGGGAGACUGAGGAACUGCUUGGAGAAGAGGAUCCUGGCUUCUGAUCACCCCAUCCCCUCUCCCUACCAGUCUUCCCAGCACACAGCAUCUGCACAACUUCUGCCUGUUGCACCAACACUGGCUCCAGAGUUCCCACUGCUGCUCUGUCUGUUCUAGAGAUGUUGGCAACAGCGCCUUCAUUGCCUAGGUUAUGGAGAUGCCCAGGGCGCCAAACUUGAAUAAAAUAUUGGGGGGGGGGGUUCCAAGUAAGUCCUGCCCCACAUAAUCUAUCACUUGAUGGGGUGCACACACCAUUUGAAUGGCAAUGCCCAUCAACUUGGGGGCCAGCCCCCUCAAAUAUUUUAUGGGGGGCAAAGCCCCUUCGACCCCUAGGAGUUGGCUCCUAUGGAGAUGCCAGUGCAGGCAUGACAGACAGUUCAGGCCCAGCCUUCCUGGAGAAGUUCCCAAUUGCUUGCCCAGUUGAAGGAACAGUCCCCUUGGCUGUGCUAAGUUGUGCCUGCCCCAUUCCUAUGUAAGAGGGUUGUAGGGGUGUGUGUGUGUCAUUUGUGGGAUCAACAUCUUAACUUGCCUAGCCUUGCCUACACCUGUUGCGCCUAUCUACCCUUACCAACAGUUUACCCUGUAGCAAUUCAAGCGUUAAGGUUCCUAUGUUGUUAAAAUCAGAGUCCAAGUUUUUUAUAUGGUGAGAGCCAGGACAUUUUGUGUGGAGGAAGCCCCUCCGAGUUCCAUUCCUGCUCUUCCUCAGCUUCCAGUGAGUGUUUCUGACAGGAGUUCCAUAUAUGAAUUGUCAUGAGGAAAUUUUGGGAACCAUAGUUUAAUUAAAUGUUGAGACUUGUGUUAAAUGUCCCCAACACCUUCUCAGAACUCCCAAGGCUCUCUGAGAAGAAGGAACAGCUGUCUGUUCAGAUGUGACCACCGAGAGCCGUUUGACAUCUCUGUGAGUGGUGUUUGCGACUUUGUAUUGAAUUUCCAUUCUGAAAUGCAGAUAUUUUGGAUCAUAUUACAGUUACAACAAUGCACAAAAAUGUACGGUAUAUCAAAAUGUGAACAUGUGUAUAAAGUUUCAUUUUCUUGUCUUUCAGCAUCAACAAAGAACAGCUUCCUCUUUCCAUACCAAAACCACGCUACCUCGAAGAUCUGGAAUCCCAUUUGAGGAGAGAGCUGCAAGCACUUGACCUUACUAAAGGGAAAGUUCAGGAACUUAAACUCCAGGUCUGAGUAAUAAACUCUGCUCUCAUUUUACAAUCUUGAGUGUGAACACAUUUAUUUAGCCCACCAAGAUUUUUCUCAAAGGAAAAGGGGUGUAUACAGAAGCCUCAUAUAACCAGUGCUGACUUGGGGAUAGGUUUUAAUGGGUAGGAGAGGAUAUAUUACCGUAAUUUUCGCUCCAAAACACACACUUUUUUGCUCCUAGAAAGUAAGGGAAAAUGCCUGUGCGUGUUACGGAGCGAAUGCACUCGACUGGAGCCAUGGCUGCCGUCCGUCAAGCAAAGCAGGGCUCUAGCUUUGCUUGCUUUACAGGCUUUGCAGGGCUCUAGCUUUGCUUGCUUUACAGCCAGGAGGAGGGAGAGGAGCCGAGGAGGAGGAGGGAGGGAAGGAGAGCCAUGGCAGCAAAGCGGGCAGCAGCCGCUUACAUGGGAGGAGGGACAGACAGGAGCCAUAGCAUGCCGGAAAAGCGCCGCGUAGCCAGCAACAGCUGCUGCAACUCUCAGCUAGCAACUCUCUCUAAAUGGAGCAAUGAGGCUGCAGAGGGACGGCAGGGCACAGGAGGGCUCUGAGCCACGAGCCCAGUGAAAACCAGUAAAAAAGUUUUUAAAAGGCUGCUGGGGACAGGAGGGCACGGGAUGAGGGAGAGGGGGAAAUUUCGAUUCUCCCAGCGUCUCAGCUGAUCCGCUGAGCAGGACUUGGGUUGCAGGGGAUUUGCCAUUAGCUGCGUAAAGCAGCAAAGAGGGAGAGAAGGAGCAAAGCGGGAGAGGAAAGGAGCUGCUUACACUGCUGUAAGUGGCUGCUGUCCGGUUGGCUCCUUUAAAGCAACAGUGCUCUUUCCCUCCCCCCUCCCCGCUCAGCUUGCCGAAAAGCUCCUUUUCCACACACCCCACACGAGCUCCUUCUCCCCUUAAACCCCUCUCCUGCAUCAUUAGCAGCAUCCUUCUCCACAGACCCCAUGUGUGUUCCUUCUCUCCAUAGACCCCUCGCCUGCAUUAUUGGCCGCAUCCUUCUCUACACACCCCACGCAUGUUCCUUCUCCCCUUAAACCCCUCGCCUGCAUUAUUAGCCACAUCCUUCUCCACACACCCCAUGCGUGUUCCUUCUCCCCUUAAACCCCUCGCCUGCAUUAUUAGCCGCAUCCUUCUCCACACACCCCACGCGUGUUCCUUCUCCCCUUAAAACCCUCUUCUGCAUCAUUAGCAGCAUCCUUCUCCACACACCCCACGCAUGUUCCUUCUCCCCUUAAACCCCUCUUCUGCAUUAUUAGCAGCAUCCUUCUCCACACACCCCACGCGUGCUCCUUGUCCCUUGAAUGCUUUUCCUUCCCUCCCCACUUAAAACGUGGUUACAAAGCACGGAUCCACAUGGAUCCUCAGGAUUUUUGCACUGGGUCACCCCAAGUUCACCAUCAGAUCACAUAGCAUAUCCAUGGCUACAGCCUGCACCAAAAAACACACACGCACCCACUGUUUCAUGGGGCUGCAAUGACGCAAAAACGUGGUUACAAAGCAUGGAUCCACAUGGAUCCUCAGGAUUUCUGCAUUGGGCCACCCCAAACUCACCGUCAGAUCACGUCUGUGGCCACAGCAUGAACCACAAAAAUCAUACAUCCACUGUUUCGUUUAGAAUAUUUUUUUCUUGUUUUCCUCCUCUAAAAACUACGUGUGUGUUAUGGUCAGGUGAGUGUUAUAGAGCGAAAAAUACGGUAAUUGCAAUUUAUCCAACAGCCACCCAGAACACAGGACUGGUGUUAGUGCCCCUGACUGAGCAUCUCCUUAAAAUACCGUGCAAGCAAUCUAAUAGCAGUCAAAGUAAGAUACACAUCCUUGUUUAAUAAAGGAUUAUAUCUCACUGCUGGUUAUCAGGUCUAGAUAUAAAAUAUAUUCAAUUAACAGGAUUUAUAGUAGUACUGUUGUCCUCCCCUCCCUUUUUCUCUCAUUAGCCCUAUAGAGAAGUAUUUGAGUUCUUCAUGGAAGAAUUCAGAACCUACAAGCCUUUGUUGGCUUCUAUCAAGAAAGAGUAUGAACUGACUAUAGGUAAGAGAGCAUCAAUUAUUUUAUACCAGAUGUAAUUCUGAACAAGCAAAUUUGCUUAGCUAUAGUGGAUCAGAGGCCAAACAGUAGGUAAACAGUAGACUUCCCCACUAAAAAUGAAUAAACGAACUGUUCAUUAACUCCCUUCUAAUGAGGACAAGACAUUGAAAACAGACAAAAGAUUUCCGACAAAACCCACACAUUUUCCUUUUUUAAGUUUAAAAAGGAACCUUCACGGGUCCUGGAAACUUUAAGUAACUUUGGAACCUAUCUUUUAUGACAUUUAGCAUAUCUGAAAGAGAAGAUCUACUCCCUGGAGUCAGUGAAUGCCAUUCUGGUCACAGCCUCUGAUCAAUGUACUCGGCAAAUCCUGGCCUUUCAGGAGCAAGAGAAAAUACAAAUUGCAAAGCUGAAGGAUGAGAGGAUCUACUUACUGAAGCUUAUUGACAAAAUGAAGGAGGAGAAAUAUUCUUUAGAAACCCAGGUGAGACAGACGCCUCCCCAUCUACACUUGUGUCAAGUAUGACUCAAGAAUCCUGUUUAUUAAAAUAGAAAGCACAAGUCAGUUUAGGAGUGUUUGCAAAAAAUCCCCUUAUGCUUUAAGGUGUAUCAGUUGAGGUUGUCUGACAUCAGGAGAUAACAAUAGCAAGUUCUGUGCUUUGGCUGAUGAAGUCAUUGUUCUGGUUAAAAAAACAAAACAGUGGUGCUCUGGUCCAUUUCUGCUGUACCACACCCCCUGGGUUCCAGGUAGCUUUGACUGGGACUGUUCUGUCACUGUUCACAGAAUAGUUUUGUGGGAGUCUUUUCAUAGGAUAGUUUGAGGGCAAGAUUCCUACAUAGUCCAAGCCCCAUCAUUAGGUGGUAGAAGUUCUAGAAUCCUUUGGGCAGCUAAAUUUGGUACCACUACCACCCUCCCCAAAGUAGAUAAAAUUUGCAGAUAGCUGCAUUCUUCUAAUGGACCAACACAGCUAACACAGCUGCCUUCAAUUUUAGAAAUACAGUUAGCUUCCUUCCAUGAUGCACACAUUUGACAGCACUGCAUCAUACAGUGUCACUUCAGAAGUUAUCACCUCCUUGGCCCAUCAAGGGUACUUGCUGGUUGGCUGUAGAGAGAUCACAGUACUUGCUUCCACUGCUGAGGCUGCAGCCACUGACAAAGUGAGCUUGUCAUAUCAGUGAUUAGCGGUCUCCUCUGCCUUACAUCACAUAGGUGGCUAAGAUGCGGAAGGCGGUGGCAGAGGAAUACCUCCGUUACCUGAAUGAGUCUGAUGCCCGCAAGCUGCUCCUUAUAGAUCUCAAUGAAAUGUACCGCCUGAAGGAAGAAAUGAAGUUUGCCCAAAUCCAAGGUAGAAGAUGUAGUUUUCCCAGUUAUGGGUAGCUUCUACAUAAGGUGGGCUGAAGAUUCUUCUUCAGGUGGGAAACUGGAAUGCAAUGUAGGGGUGGUUAAUAUAUGUCCCAAAUAUGUCCUCCCUGCUUGCUAUCAGAAGAUGGAGUCAUUACCUGUCUCAGAUCAACCUGUCUCACAGGAUGGUUGUAUGUAUGGCUUCCUGAGUUCCUUGGAGGAAGUGCUGGAUAAAAAUGUCAAUUAACACACACGUUUAGCAAUUAUAAAUGAAUGCUGCAGGAGAGAGGAGCAGGACUGGGCCUCCAGGAGGGUAUAUCAGGUUCCAUGGCAUACAGGAUGGGGGGACCUCCCUCCCCACUGCAGUGUCAUCAAAAAUUUCCCCACCAAGACUGCUAUUAGGAAAUAGAAGAACUGAGCCACUGAGACCAUAGCAGGGGAUGGGGAAGGCAGGGUGGAAAUGAGCCAGGGACUGAUGGCUAACCUUUCUCCAUAGUACUGAUCUUGCAAAUGGCUCCUACAGUAGUUUUUUUUACAUUUUAAAAAUAUGCAGUUUCUUUAAUGUAACAUUGCUUUGCCCCCCUGGGUUCAACCUAGACUAGCCUGGCUUAACAUUUCUCCCUCUUUCCUUGACUUUUUCAGCCCAUUAUGUAGUCAGUGGAAUUGUUCUGCUUAGCAUCAUGGAGAAAUGUCAAGUCAGUUGGUCUGUGUUAUCUUAUUGUCCUGAGGCAGCCUUUGCAGGAGCAAUCAAGAGAUACUGCCAUAUUGGGGGGGGGGGAAUCUCACCCUACUGGAGAAGAGUAACCUAAGCAUAACUUCCAGUGGCAACUUUGGGCCUGUCUGAACCAUUUUCUCUUAAAGAUGAAAAGGGGGAAGAUUCGGUGAAGCUGGCACUCGCUUUAAAGGUAGCACGACACGACCUCACCAAAGCCCAAGUGGAGCUGAACACCAUGAAGGCAAACUAUGGAGACGUAGUGCCCAGAAGAGAAUUUGAGUUGCAGGAACACAAAUGUAAUGAAUUGACUGAAAAGGUAACCAAAGGCUAUGCUGACCCCUACUGACGCUCCAAGGUUGGCUGGUUCUUCAUUAUUUGAGGAGGGUUUUCAGAGUGGGAUCUCCUCCCAUUUGCUCUAGAGUAGUAUUGGAGAACCUCUCACCCAUCGGCCUAAUUAGGCCAUUGGGCUUGCCCUGUUUGGCCUGCAAAACAGUUUUGGACAGCCACACCCGCCUGUCAGUUUCGUCUGAUGUCAUAUCACAUCAGGCAUCCAACACGUGAAUCUGUGGUGCCAAAUUAAAAACGAAGAAAUGGGAGCUCACGCUGAAGUGCACUCCCAGUUCUUUUUGCUGCUUGAAUUUUGCACUUUUAAAAUUUGACACCUUUUUCCGUUGCCCUGAAUUUAAUCUUUGCAGCCCCCAUUUGAAUUAUUUUUGAGUUCAGGCUGGGGCUUCAAAAGUAGAAAAGAAGAAUCCAUAGCACAGUAUGCCUCCUCCCCAGUUCUCCCAUUGCAGUCACAGCUUGCAGUUUGGAUCACCUGACUUCUGAAUCUGGGCCUCAGAAUCUGGGUCUCAGAAUUGGGGCCCAUUUCCCCACCCUUACUAGAAGCAGGGUUUAAUUAUUUAAAACAAGACUCCUUUAUGUGAUACGGUGCUUUUCUCUGGAAUGUCUCUUAAUUCCCAAUUUAGCAUUUAUGACAGGGAUUUUAAUGUUCUGACAGGAAUUCCUUGACAAGCACUUAAAGCAACCCACACACCUGUAGGCUGUCUAUCUACUAUUUUAACAUCUUAUUUAUAUACCACUUAAUCAUCCAGAAAAUGUAAGAAGCCUGUGUAGAAUGUAGAAUAUUCAUUUAAAAACAUUAAUAAAAUUUAACAUCAAGAACAAAUACACACACACACACCCCACACACAUGUGCAUGUGUGUGUAAAAUCAGAAAAUGUUAAAAUGUAUAUAAUCAAAUUGUAUGAGUAUGAUUGCCUAAACGAACAAGCAAAAUUAAUGGGUGCUAUGCGGGUGGCACUGUGGGUUAAACCACAGAGCCUAGGACUUGCCGAUCAGAAGGUUGGUGGUUCGAAUCCCCACAACGGAGUGAGGUCCCACUGUGGUAUAGUGGUUAAGAGCGGUGGACCCGUAAUCUGGUGAACCGGGUUCGCUUCCCUGCUCCUCCACACGCAGCUGCUGGGUGACCUUGGGCCAGUCACACUUCUCUGAAGUCUCUCAGCCCCACUCACCUCACAGAGUGUUUGUUGUGGGGGAGGAAGGGAAAGGAGAUUGUGAGCCGCUUUGAGACUCCCUAGGGUAGUGAUAAAGCGGGAUAUCAAAUCCAAACUCCUCCUCCUCUUCUUCUUCUUCUUCUUCUUCUUCUUCUUCUUCUUCUUUCCGUUGCUCGGUCCCUGCUCCUGCCAACCUAGCAGUUCGAAAGCACAUCAAAGUGCAAGUAGAUAAACAGGUACCGCUCCGGCUGGAAGGUAAACGGCGUUUCCAUGCGCUGCUCUGGUUCACCAGAAGUGGCUUAGUCAUGCUGGCCACAUGACCCGGAAGCUGUACGCCGGCUCCCUUGGCCAAUAAAGUGAGAUGAGCACCGCAACCCCAGAGUCGGUCACGACUGGACCUAAUGGUCAGGGGUCCCUUUACCUUUACUUAAAACAAUACAGGAAAGGUGCCUGCCUAAUAUUAAUGGGCAGGGAGUUCCAGAGAAUAGAUGCAUGCCUUGCCACAUAUUUACUUGUGUCCUUUGGCCUUGCCUUUCAGAUGACAAUUCUUCAAAAAGACUUUGAUGAUCUCCAAGAAGAAUAUGACACAAUGCUGGACAUACACAAGCAAGUUUCUGAGGAACGGGACAAGUUCUAUAAUGACCUUAUCAAUGUCCAGCGGUCCUCCACACCGCGGCCUAGCUGGGAAAAAUGUGCAGGUACUUUUUGUUGUUGCUGCUGUUGUGGUUGUUGUUGAUGUUGUCUUUAUGUGCCCAGGACAAGUAUACAGCAAUAUUACACAAUGAACAACAGAAAACAUCAAAAGGUCUAAAAAUUAUAAAUCUAAUGGAGUAAUCUAGUUAAUCACAGUCAACUCACCAUGCCAACUGUUGGAUCCCAGAUUUAUUUAUGCCUUAGAAAGCAGAGGUGUUGCUGGUUACUUAAAGGACUUGGGGCAAAGUCCCAUGAGAUAAAAGUGCAUAAAAUCUGCAUAUGCUAAUGUCUAUUUAUCAGAGCUGCCAGGUUGCCUCCAAGAUUGAGGAAGCACAGCAGGGCGCACAUGUGUGACUGGCUCUCUCUCCUGUUUCUUUUGAUUAGCAAGUACAGUAGAAUGUUUGCAGAGUUUAUAAGCAACAUCUUUUACUGACUAUAAGCCACUUUCGACAGGGAUUUCUUUGUCUUUUAUAUAGCUCCUGGAAUAAUUUUACGUGCUACACUCAUGACAACAAAUCUGAUAACUAAUUAAAUUCUUAUAUAAAGUUCUCCUUCCAGCUGCAUGGAUUGCUUGGCCCUAUCCGAUACCUCACAUCUUCUUGUUGUUGCAGAUGUGAUUGCUGAUGGGGCUGAGCACUGGAGUGCUUUGUCAGAGGGCAAAACUAGCGAUCAGUUGGUAGACGUGCUUUUGGAAGAAAUUGGUGCGGGACUUCUAAGAGAGAGGGACACCUUCGUGGCGCUGGUAUGGCUGUGCUGGCUAUUGCAUCCCUUGGGACUUUCACUCAUUUUCAGAGGUGGUCAAGAGGAGUCUUGGUCUCCACCUCUCCAAGGGGCCUGGCCUCAUUCCCAGCAACCUGGAGACCCUUUCCUUCCCUCUCUUGUGGUGAAGUGUGACAAGGGAAGAGAAGCAGUUCCUGCCUAAGAGAUGAGCAGUUUUCGAAAUGUCACAUACUGAAUCAGACAAUCAGUUCCUCUAGCUCUGCAUUCUCUACACUGCUGCUUUCCUGGGUUUCAGACAGGAAUCUUUCCCAGCCCUACCUGGAGAUGCUGGGGAUUGAACCAGGAACUUUCCUGGUGUUCUACCAUUGAAUCACAACCUUCUCCCAAAUGCAAGUUCUACUUUCCACACCGACCCAUUAAAAACACCUGCACAUUGCAGAAGAUUCUUGGGCCAUCUCCUUUUUUGUUUGUAUUCCUUUCUUGCCCGAAAAAUAGUAAGUGAAAGCAAAAUGGAACUGGAGGUGCCUUUCUCAAAAUUUGCUAUCUUUUAUUUGCAAAAGGUUUAUAAAGUGAGCCGCUAACCAUCUCUUGAGAGCAGGAAUGGGGGUUUAAUUUGAUUCAGUUUUCCUUUAAAGCAGAGCCUCCCUACUUCACCCUUUCCAGAACAGGACAUUUUCUGAAAAGCAACCAUCUUAUCCUUUGAAAUGCACAGUGCUCCAGAUUUUUCAGUAUCAUUCUCCAGCCAAGUGUACAAAAAUGCACACUAGGGUAAAGUGUGCAUUAAAAUGUAUAUAUUUAUAACACAAAACUAAUUAUAUUAGGGGCCAUUGCUUUGCAAAAAUUUAUCUAUUAGGCAAAAUUGCAUAUAAAUAUGUUCAUAGUAGGAUAAAUUAAAAUAAAUUAAAAUAUUAAUCAGUUUUCAUGAGGACUUAAAAAUAUUGCAUUCCAAUGAAAAUGUGAAGAAUUGUUAAGAAUGGAAAGAACUGGAAACAGAGAGAACCAAAUUGACAGAUUUGUCCAUCCCUCUUGGGGAAUCAAAUUACGUCAGGGCUAGCUUGCUAGAUUUCAUCCCCAUGCAGCCGCAAAGCAACUGUUGGGCAAACCUCUAUCUCUCAGCCUAACCUCUCUCACAGGACUGUUGUAAGGAUAAAUGUAAACCACUUCGAGGUUUUUGUUUAGAAUCAAGCAGAGUAUAAAUUUUAUGAAAGAAAAAUAAUGAAUGGGAGCAGGGGAGAUACACAGUAUGUAUAAAACCCUCCUCUGAGGAAAAUGGGAUAUGAUGUAAUAAAUAAAUAAAUCUUUCUGGGCAGAACCAAACUAAUUAUAAUUGAAAUCAACACAGUCCUGUCUUACUAAAUUCUGUUUAGCCAAAAUGUUGUGUUCUGAUACUUUUCUGCAACUGUUCAGAAGCUGUUUUGAAAGAAGAACACUACUUAGACUGCAUCUGGCCAGUCCACCUCCCCCCGCCCCAGCCAAGUUUGUCAGGUGGGUGUGGCUGCCUGUCCAUCAUUUGGCAUCUCAAUGACAUCAGGUUCACAGAGUUUUAAAUUAAGCUAUGCAGACAAAGGCACAGGAGUUUGCAGGUGCCAACAAUCAGCUGCCUUCUCAGCUGCAUCUUUACCAGCCAUCUGGUGAUGGGUGGGUAGAUGCAGCUUGGCCAAAAUGGCCUUGUGGGUUAUAUGUGGAGACCUGGUAGGCCUGCUGGCUAGCAUUUCCCUUCUUCUCACUUGCAUUGAAAGUGCAGUGGGUGUGUCGGUUUUGCGUCCUUGCACAGCACUCCAGGCACUUUAUAAAGGCUUAAGUAAUAGCAGCAGUAGGGACUCUGGCUUGUGUAUUGAUUUAAGUGUUUGGCUUUGUACAGGACUUAAUACUGUUCCUCUCACUAGGGGAGAAGCGAGAAGGUCCCUGUGUACUUGAGGUGUGAUGGUGUGGUUAGGAACAAGAAGCUGACCAAAAAGGAGAUUGUGACCAUUCUGAAGGAAAUAUGGAAAGAGAAAAUUGCAUCAGAUCUACAGGUAUCUUUGGUUCUAUUUCCUUAUGAAUGUGCUUGAGGCAACUGGAAACACAGGAAGCUGUUGUAGCAUGUCAGACCAUUGGCUAUUGAGCUCAGUACUACCAGCAGCAGCUGUCUAUGGUUUCAGGCAGGGUGUCUUUCUUAACCCUUCCUGAAGAUGCUGGGGAUUGACUCUGGGAUCUUGUGCUUGCAUAUUAUUAUUAUUAUUAGUAGUAGUAGUAGUAGUAGUACAGUGGAACCUUGGUUCUCGAACAGCAUAGUUGACGAACAAAUCAGCUCCCGAAUGCUGAAAACCUGAAAGUAAGUGUUCCGGUUUUUUAAUGUUUUUUGGAAGCCGAACGUCUGAUGCGGCUGUUGGCUAUUGUUUUUGGGGUACUUGCACCAAUCAGAAGCCACACCUUGGUUUUCGAACGUUUUGGGAGUCGAACAGACAUCCGGAACGAAUUAAGUUUGAGAACCAAGGUACCACUUGUAAUAGUAUGAACAUUGGCCCAGUAGCAAAUUGGCAACCAAGUCUCUGAGCAAGUCUCUGAGCAAAGAUGUUACAUGUUGACAGGAUCUCAAUCCUGAGGCUGCCAGGACCUCAUGUGACAAAACUGGAUGCAGAAGCAUCCAGAAGUAUAGUUACCAACCCUGUGAUUAGCCAUGGGCGGCUGGUUGAUUAAACUAAAAAAAAAAAAGAGAGGCCCAAACCUAGCUGAGCAGUUGUUACUACAAGUGAUUCCCAGUCUAUCUUCUUGAUGAGGAAUAUUUUUUACUAUGCAAUUUAAAAUUAUUGGGAGGGAAGCCUUUUUGAUUCAAGUAGAAGCUGUAAAGAAUUGCUCUCAACAGCUGAGUACUCUGUUCCAGAAACUGCAGCUGUCUCUCUUGCAGAAAGGAAAACAAUCCAGCUUUCCAGAGUUCUUCCUGAACUUCUUCCAGAAAAGGUAUGGUGACGCUCCUGCUUUUGACUGGACUUACAGCGUCUAUGAAAACAUCAAGCUCUAUAAAUCGAAUGAAGCCAUGUCGCUAUUUCAUCAAAUCCUGACUGGAGAGGUGAGCAGUCCCUCAUCUCACUUAAAGUGGAUUUUGCUUCCAUAGAUCUACAUAACCACACACCCCUGACAGUAAAUUCCAAUCUACUUUUUUUCCUAACCUGCUAUAAUAAGAAAUUGUGUAUUCCCCUUUCUUGCUCACAGUGGCUUUUUUAGAUCACAUGUUCUUCACUUCAUCUGAGCAAGUUUCCCUGGUGCAUGUGUUUUUCUUCUGAGAAAUUCACCUGCAGUUGGAGUAAAUUCAGCACUGAAGAAUCCUUUUAAUAAUUUCAGCUGACUGAGAUGUCCAGUUGUUGUGCUGAUGGUCCAUGCUCUACUCCUUUCCUAUUGCUGAAUGAGUUAAUGCUGGACAGUGCUGUAGCCUAACUCUUCUAUUUUCAUUUCCCCAGCUGGAUGAAGCAGUAUACCACAGCCACCUCCAGGAACUUGCCAACCUCGUAAGGGAGGUGACGGUUGCUGAUACCGCAAAUACUGGCCAGCUGACACGCGACGAGUUCAUGUAAGAGUUUGGAGCAGGAGGGAGGUGUCAUUUGCAACCAGGUGCAAAGGAGUUGAGCAGAAGUGUACAGUGGUACCUCAGGUUAAGAAUUUAAUUCGUUCCGGAGGUCUGUUCUUAACCUGAAACUGUUCUAAACCUGAAGGACCACUUUAGCUAAUGGGGCCUCCCGCUGCUGCCAUGCUGCCGCAGGGUGAUUUCUGUUCUCAUCCUGAAGCAAAGUUCUUAACCCGAGGUACCAUUUAUGGGUUAGCGGAGUCUGUAACCUGAAGCGCCUGUAACCCGAAGUACCACUGUAUAUUUAAUUUUAGCAAACUUAAGCAGAAUUGUUUUUCUCUGCAUAGACAGCCUUGGAGUUUUAUAGUACAGUAUUCUGAAUAUAUUUGAAAAGCAAGGAGUGAAGAUGGGGCCCCUUUCUUUGGUACAUUAUGGCAUGGGGAAAUUCAUAAAGUCACCUCCUCCUUCUCCUGAAACAUCAGUAUUUUAAAAAACAGCACACAUACAUAGUGCAUGUACAUAUGAAACCAAUACAUAAGCUGAAGGGUUUUCUCUCUCCUCCUGUAGCCUUGCCCUGAGGGCAGCUUUUCCACUAAAGACCGAAGAAUCUAUCCAAGAGUUAACUGUAGCUGCAGGCUACAAACCGGAGUAUCCUGAAACCUCUCUUUCAUACAAGCUCUUAUUCAUAGAGGUAGGUUUCUCCAGUCACGGCAUAGAACCAGAAGCAAUUAAUUAGUUUUAGAAAAAAAGGAUGGCUGGGGGAACAUGAUUAGGUUUUUAAAAUUAUACAUAGUAAAAAUAGCAUAAACAGAAGAGCUCAUGAACUGGCCAAACUUCUUUGGGGAGAAUAUUUUUCUCUUUCUUUCUGCAAGACCAGCAAAAUUUUGUGUAAAGGUUGGUGAUUAUAGGGUUAACUUACAGAGUUUGGUGCUUCGUGUCUGAAGGAGGGUUUUCUCUAUAAGAAGUCAGUCAGGAUGUCACGUCCCAGUUUCUUUGAUCUAUGAUUCUAGUUUUGUUUUCAGUCAGAGCUGAGUCGGAGUGUGUUUGAACUAUGAGAAGGAAGAUGUGUGAAAGCUCGGACAGAAAGAUUUACUGCUUGUAAAUAAUAAAGCUUCUAGAUUAGAAGAUUCUGUCUCUGGACUGUUUCACUCCCUAUUCUCCCAGGACAGCAACACCGCUGCAUCUCUGCUACUACUUCUGCCUCAGCUGAAGUGUUUUCCCAGAAGAUUGCACUGAGAGGGAAAGCAGUGUUUUUUGGCGCAGGGAAGCGUACUGGACAGGCAGAAGUCCAACAUUUGUGGACAAAGUUCAGUAUACUUUUUUAAAAGAUGGGCAAUAAAUUCAGUAAAUUCAUUUUUUUUUUAAAUAGCUCUUUACACACCACCUCAUAAGCUUAUGGAGUUGACUGUCAUAAGGUUAUGUAAAGGGCCACUGUCUUAGAUGGCUUUAAAAGGAGAGUAGGCACUUUAAUAGAGGAUGGGUUUAUAUUACAUGUCACAUAGAGGAGGGAGAAAGGUUGUUUUCUGCUGCUCCAGAGAAGCGGACACGGAGCAAUGGAUCCAAACUACAAGAAAGAAGAUUCCACCUAAACAUUAGGAAGAACUUCCUGACAGUAAGAGCUGUUCGACAGUGGAAUUUGCUGCCAAGGAGUGUGGUGGAGUCUCCUUCUUUGGAGGUCUUUAAGCAGAGGCUUGACAACCAUAUGUCAGGAGUGCUCUGAUGGUGUUUCCUGCUUGGCAGGGGAUUGGACUCGAUGGCCCUUGUGGUCUCUUCCAACUCUAUGAUUCUAUGAUUCUGUGAUUCUAUUAGCUAUGCUGCCUAAACAGACCUCCAUUUUGAGACACUGUCCCUGACUAGCAGAAGAGGAACAAUCAAUGGGAGAAGGCCACAGCCUUACUGCAUCUAGUUGGCCCCUGUGUGAAAGAAUGCUAGACUAGAUGGAUUUUUUAAAAAAUUAAGCAGGUCUUCUGUUCACACUGCUUUGGGCUGCAUUGUGCCUGUUUUUGUUUUUAAGUGACUCAUGGAACUUCCUGAAUUCAUAGUGCACCAGUGGUGUUGUCAUAGAAGCUGAAGUCUUAACUUUGGCUCUUUCCUUUGUUUUAUCUAUGACACCAAGCUAAAAAAACACUGGCUAUCCAUGGAGGGCAGGAUCCAAGCAACUCCCCUGCCAAUAGAGUAGGUAAUUAAAGCUAUAUUGACAAACCCUAGGGGCAAUGUAGCUUCUCCAUACUAGCGGUUAAGAGCUUAUCAUAUUCCAGAAACAUGCAAAUCAAAGCCUACAACUGAGUCUAACUGCUGUUUCAAAGUCUGAAUGGCUGGACAUGUUGGUUUCAAAAACAGCAAUUAAGCAUCCUGCUUAGAUGUCCAGAGAACACUGGACAGUGGAAACUAGAGCUGUUUCCAGUUAAUUUUCUAAUGUUUGACAAAUGCCUCCACUGACAGAAGGCAGAUUAUAUGCUACCUCUCCCAACUCAGGGCGUUAAUUGCAUCAAACAAAGCCAGCCCUAAAAUGAUUGUUUACUCUUGCAGGAUGAAGAAGGAAAAACAGAACCUUUUGUUAGGAAACUCAAGAAGCAAUAUGUGAAUGAAAAAAGAGACUAUAUCCGUGAGAUACAGGCUCAAUUAGGAACCUUGAUGUGAGUAUCAGCCUGAAAAGAAUUGGAUCCCGACUAUCUUAAUUGGAAAUUAACUCAUUGAUUUCAAUAGAAGCUAUGAUUAACUUGUCUCAAUGGAAUUCAAAUUUACACCACAGCUUCCAUCUGCAUGAUUAAAUUCAAUUGGACUUACUCCUCAAAUUAUAUGUAUGGUAUUAUAGCCUUCAUCUAGAUCUAAUCCCUGGUUGGUCGGACAGUUAAUCUCUCUCCCCCUUUUGCCCCCUCUCACAAUCCUACACACACAAACGUUUGUGUGUGUGUGUGUGUGUGUGUGUGAGUGAGAGAGAUGUGUGAUGCUUUCCUUUUCAUGAAUUCCUUGCCACUUUAAAAAAUAGAAGAAAAAAGGUGUUAGCCAGGGCAGCAAGAAAUCUCCUUAGAAGGACUAUACAUGCGAUAAAUGCAAUUUUUCCAUCGGUAUCAGGCCAUCAGAUGAGUCGUCAGCACCUCCUAGUAUCCAAAAGCAGGAAAUGCACAAGAGUAAAGGAAUAUACUGAUACUUUCUGUCACCACUCAGUUCGUUUCCUGCAUUCCUAAGGCAGACCUCUCUGCUUCAAUGAUUUCCAGUGGCUUUGCUCCUAUUUUUCUUCUUGAUUCUGUUUUCCACUUUUUAAAAAAUUAAAAAUUGACCCUUUUACCUUCCCAGACUGCCAUAUCACUCCAAUGGCUGCCUCCCUUGGUUCCCACCCAAAUUUUUCCUGCCUGCCAUUUGUUCCUGUCUCUGCUCACCUCCACCCACACCCCAGGCUGUUUUUCUGCCAUCCUAGCCUGCCAGUCUUUUCCUCAUGGAGAUUUAUUUUUCACCACCUAUCAUUUAUUUCCAGGCCUGUUCCUUGGUGGUUGUGGUUCCAGCUGGGUCCUCUGUCCCUUAGGCAGCUGUGGUCCAGCUGUCUUCAUUUUGCCUUCCAUUUGUUCUUUGGAAGAAGUCUAACCAAAUACUUCCACUUGACAAACUCCUAGUUUUGUUUAAUCCUAAGACCUUGGGGAGGAAGGCUUCAUCUGCUACUUCGGCUUGCUACCUGCAGGUCUCUAUUUAACUUGCCUAUGAGUGUCUCAAGCUUCCUGUCCCACAGAGCACAUCAUGGCUCAUUUGCCACUAACACCUUGGGCUUUUGACAUUUGCAAGGCUAUAACUUUUGUUAAGCAUUGUAAAUUGGCAAGCUUCUUUCAAGAGGAAAGUUACAAGUGGUUUUGCAGACCUAGGCAGCCUGGCGAAUUGACUCUACUGGGACUGUGGGCUUUGGUACAUCCCAUUUGAUGGCCUGACACCCAUGGAAAAGGGACCAUUGGUCUCAUCUGCAGGAUGGUUUUCAUGGGUGACACUGUCAGAACCAUUCUCUGAACUAGGGGGACUACUGGUCUUCAAUGCCUUUUUGGGGUUGUUUUUGUUGUUGCUUGUUUGUAGCUGUUACUUGUUGUGUGCCUCCUGUGUUUUACAUCUUUCUGUUUUCCUGAUCAUGUCUGCUAGUGAUGUCCUGUGUUAGUCUGAGUGAGGAUGGAAAGCAGUCAUAUAUUCCUUGACUUGUGCAUUUCCUGCUUUUUUAUACUAAGGGGCACUGAUGACCCAUCUGACAGCCUGAUACCCUUGAAAACCACCCUUCAAGUGAGACUAAUGACCUGUUUUCUUAACUUCAAACUAUGUACUGGUAGUGUGCAGGUCAGGAUGCAGUAAACUUGGAUAGGUGAUCAGCAUUAAACCUGAAUACCAGUUUUCUAAUGUAGGCCAUACUUACACAUCAAUGACUCUCAUUGACUACUUUACCCUUUUUACAUACAGGGAAGUGAGACCAGAUGACUUGCGGGCGGCUUUCUGCAUACUCGACCAUGGUUUGUCAGAGCGAACCCUGGAGUCUUACAUCUGUUAUGCGUUCCAAGUUUCCAAAGACCAAUUGGACCCUGCGGUCUCCAUCCCCAUAGAAGUACUGAUGAAAAGGCUUAAGGCUGGAGAUAUCAGACGACAAGGAACUGUUAUAGGAGAUGCAAAGUAUCAGCUCCAAUCCCACGCUUUAGAAGAAACAGAAGCUCUUGUCAAUAUUUAAACCCUAUACCCACCUCUUCCAAGGGUAAUUAGAGUAAUAAAUUUUACAGAAUAGUAAUGUAGAACAAAACUUUCCUCAAAGAGCUCUGGUGACAGCCCUGCUGGAGUAUAGCCUUAGGUAAUAGAGGGUUUGACUUCUUAGAGGCCGUGACCAAAGGGUAAAAGUUGUUCACAACUGGCAACUGGCAGCAUGCCUUUCUCCUCACAGCUAUGUACUUUAGUAUUUACUAAGGCUCCUCCAUUAAGUCAAAGUGGCAGUUUACCCAACUACACAUUGAAAGCUUAAGGAUAAAUGUUUUUAGAAGAUUCUUUACAUCUACUUCCCUUGCUAGAAUUUCUGUGAGAUGAAAAUAAAAUGGUUCUGUUUCUUUCUGGCAUUUAAACCAGUAUUUCCACUAAGCCUAGAUCUGCUUUGUUAUUGCAGUUUAAGAUGGCACACUUGAGCCUCUGUGACUCUUCAGUCCUCCAGCACACUGUGUAAUACAUAUCAGUUUUUCAAAGUAAAAUACAGAACUUGUGCUCUGCAAAACAUUGCUUUAUUUUACAACCACUGUACAGGAAUAUGAAAAAAGCUUCUGUAGCACAGG